AGGCUCUCUCCCCGCAAAGCAACGGAUCCCAUCGACCUUGAUCAGUAUCCAUACAAUGACGGCCUCACAAGAAGUUCUCCUCAUCACUCGUCCCUUCUCAGACGACCUCAUCGACCGUCUCCGCCAUGCCUAUCCAGACUUGACCGUCCAUUCCUAUCCCGACGCUGCUCCAGGCCAGCACUCCAAGGAAAUCCCCGCGGAAGUCUGGAAGGAGACAACUGUCCUUCUAACACUCUUCACCUUCCCAGAACCCUCUCAAGCCCCAAAUCUCAAAUGGAUCCAACUCUACUCCGCCGGCGCAAACCAAAUUGCCCAUCGCCCCAUCUGUACCGGCACCACCAUCAAGAUCACCACCGCCUCCGGCGUCCACGGUCCCCAAAUCGGUGAAUGGGUCCUCAUGACAACCCUGGCACACUACCACCUCUUCCCUCACUCCAUCGCUCUCAAAAACGAAUCGCGGUGGCCCGAACCACCGGAGAGGAUGACGAUGCUCCGGACGACGAGGGAGGUAUACAAGAGGACGAUGGGGAUCGCGGGGUAUGGAUCCAUUGGUCGGAAUACUGCGAGGUUGGCGGCGGCGUUUGGAGUUCGGGUAUUGGCACUUACAGGCUCAGGCAAGAAAAGUGCUGACACGGGUUACGUCCCGCCGGGGACUGGCGACCCUGAAGGCGAUAUCCCCGAAAAGUGGUACUCAGCGGAUCAGUUGAAUGAAUUCCUCAGCGAAUGCGAUAUUGUUGUCCUCGCUGUUCCCCUAACGGAAAAGACAAAACACAUGAUAUCCACCAAGGAGCUCGAGGCGAUGAAGUCAGACGCGCUCCUUGUUAACGUCGCACGUGGUGAUGUCGUGGAUCAAGAUGCACUCAUCAACGCAUUGAAAGAGAAGACGAUUGGUGGUGCGGCCUUAGACGUAACUCAGCCUGAACCACUUCCGUCGGACAGCGAGCUCUACAAAUUGGACAAUGUGAUUCUGACACCGCAUGUGAGUGGUGCAAGUAACGCGUACGACGAGAGAGUUGUUGACAUCACGGUUGAGAAUCUCCGUCGCUUGAAGGAUGGGAAGGAAGUGGUUAACCUGUUUUCCAGGGAGAAGGGUUAUUAGACGUCGGUCCAGAAUAUACCACAUAUAUCUUAUGCAAGCUGUCAUGUUAUGUCUUACAGUUACCAAAAAAUAUGCCUGAAACUGAAGAAGACUUAGGUACAAUUGCAAUGGCAAUUGCAAUGGUAAUGAGAAACCCGAAAACGCCACAUGAUCCCAACCUCAAAACGUAAUAAACCCGUUUGCACACAUCUACCAUCUCAAUGUCUCCGCUGAUGCAGGC